AUGGCGACAGCAGCUCAUCCGACGUCUACGCCAAGCAACGAGAUCACGUCUGACCUGGAAACCAUCGGCCAAAAGCAGCUGAUGCACAACAUGCGCGGCGAUAACUCGACCAGUGGGCCUGUCAAUAACCAGAGCGGCGGAGUCUUGCCAUUCGAACCUCGCUACGACGAUAUCCCAGAGGUCCGGCCUGCGAUGGAGCAGAGAUUGUCCGGCCUCAAUCUCAUUGACGCUAGGCGAAGAUCAGGGUCAAGCCGGCCAUCGGUCGGGGUCAAAGAUCAGUAUGUCUACUGGCGGCUCGAGAAGGUCGAGGACGACUGGGGAACGGCAUAUCGACGAAAGAUCCCGGCUCCGCAAAAGGAAAUCGAGAGAAUGGCGAGAAAGGGGCCCGCUACUAUCCUCGGCGAGACAAAGCGAAUGGGAUCAUUGCGCGCAUCACAACUUGAAAAGCUGAUUGAAGACGCCAAUACUGACGAGAAGGGCGACUAUAGGUGGGAGCCUGUCUAUAUCAACUCGCUCAAAAUCAGCCGGAAGACAGGUAAGGUUGAGUGCAAAAGUAUGGACGUCAUCCUGGCGCGGGUUCUUCCAGCGCCCAAGCAAUCUUCAAAGCUUCGUGACAGCUCAGGGGACCUCUUCGAUGUUGCCAUCGACGGAAAAUAUACAGCGGCGAAGAAGGCAAAGCCAACUGCACAAUCCAAGAAAGAGAAGGGGUCUAGAUCCAAUGACAACCUUGACCUCCGUGAUCCUUUCGACGACGCGCCGCUAUUCCACAAGACCGGGAGACCACUGAGUGAUCAUGGCCAACACCAACCAGACCCCGGUCUGUAUGUUCCCGGCUCACGUGAACCGCCAUUUGAUCCUGAUCACCCACAACAGGCCUACUUUGAAUCCAUGGCGACCUCGUACGAUGAAAUGGACGACUCAAAUACGUCUCCGCUGACACCAUCAGGAUUCGCUCUCCCUCAUCGACCGCCUGUAUCAGACCCGGAAUACCCGAGAUGGCCCUCCCCACAGCCAUCCGGGUAUACGCCGUCAUUGACGGACGGCACAUCCUCUAUCUCGGACGUCGCAAGUUCGUACAGCAGGACCCGAGAAUCGUUUGCGAGAUUUGAUAGAUCAGACCAGGAGUUGAGUCGUGUUACAGUUGCCAUGUGGGCAGAGCAGGUUAGGAGACGACAACUGGCGGCAGAUGAGGAAGACCAGCUCAGAGAGUACGGCGGCAGAAGGACACGUCACGAUGGUGGCAGAAGGACAUAUUACUACGAUGACGGAGACAGAAGGACAUAUCGCGAUGAUGGCAGAAGGACAUAUUACGAUGAUGACGAUUUGCACAAUACAAUUGCAGCUUUCCCGAGGCAGCAACUCCGUCAGACACGAUCGCCUUCGUUUUCGAGCCACACGAACGCUGAUCCCCUGUCACCUUCGGACUUGCCCAAAUCGCAUGCUAUCUUCAAUUCAAGCAAGCCAUACCAAGGAUAUGAAGCUGAAAGACUGUUAGCAACAUCCGAGUCACUAUUUCACGACCACCCCGAACCAACGGAUGGCCCAGCGCCUCUCGAGCUCACCAACGCUGGCCUGGCUGGGUAUACCCCGCUGGAUCGGCCAGUCAGGGCUAUCACUCGUGACGAAGGCGAAAGGAAGAGCAAGAACAAGAAGCGACGACGCAAAUCCCGAGACCGCAUGUCCAGCCCGACCGACAGCACCGACGUCACGCAACACAAGCUGAACGACGAAAUGACUGCUGAUAGUCCAACCCGCUCAAUCAGCCGGCAGAGUGCUCGCACAGACACGCAGGCGAGCACAAAGAUUAGGGCCAAAAGAGAGGACAAUAGCGACCGCGGCAGCCUUGUUGAGGAGUCAACGCAUCCUCAUAUGGCUACUCCAGCAGUUUUUGAGGUCUCAGACCUCAGCUCGUACGACGUAGUCGUGGGGCCCGAGCGAACAGUGACGACAGACUGGCGGGACAUUCGAGAGAACAUGCCGGAUUUUCCAGUUUUAGGUCAGGAUCUGAGGAAUAUCCGUGCUGAGGCCAAAUUCAAGAAAGCAAUUGUGCCCAUGGAUGAGGUGGAUUCAGGCCCUGCGCCGUCUGGAUCGACGAUCUCUGCUGACAGCGAAGACCAGCAUGACGUUGUUCAUAUUCGAUUUGUCCAUGCUUGCAGCACUGUUCUUGUGAGUGCAUACGUAAAGUGCGCUGCGUCAAAUAACAAGGGCAAAGGGUCUGGCCACUCGGCGAAACAAGUCGCGGAGACCUCGUCAGCGGCGAACUUGAAUCAUAAGCGAAACACACGCAGCGAUGAGGACGGCGACGACACUGUCGACCCUGGAGGCAAUGGCGGCAAGAAGCGGCCCAAGCAAGGAUCAGAUGAGCCUCCUGCCAGGCUCGCUGCAUACCGUAACCUAGCCUGUCCAUUCAACAAGUUCAACACCUUACUGUUCGGCCCCGACUCUCCUGAUCCGUCUUACCACGGCUGCGCCACUUGCAAUUUUGUCAACAUCGCCUACCUCAAGCAGCACCUUAAACGGAACCACUACACCCCGCAACACUACUGCUUUCGGUGCUGUGAGUCUUUUGAGUCACAGUUAGAAGCUAUAGAGCACUCAAGACGACAGCCCGUUUGCGAAACACUCGAGCCACGGCUGUUUCGCGAGCGCAUCGGACCGGACCUCGUCGAGGAGCUAGGACUGCGAGGCAAGAACUCGCCCGGAACUGACCCUGUCCAGUAUUGGUAUCGUAUAUACCACGCGUUAUUUCCUGGCGCAGCAGAACAAAGACCAGUAUCACCCUACUACGAAGGUCCAACAGCAGAGUACAUCAAUCGCUUCGUUCAUGACGUGCAACCUGUGCUUCCAGACUUGGUGUCUGCAGCCCAGCGUGCUCUUGGCUUGAAUUUCGAGCUGCCUCUAGCUGAUAUGGUGAGGCUCGUGGAAGAGAUACAGCAGAACGCUAUCCCUUUGUUUCUGCAACAACUCGCACGAAACAAUUUGAGCAGGGGAGCCCUAGCCUCAGGGGUGGGCGAUGCUACUGGCACGUCUUCGACCUCAGCAAACCCGCCGAAACCGCAUCCCAGUGUUGUCACCGACGAUUCUGCCAUCGGCGAUGUGAGUGAUCGUGCGAUGACCUUGCAGAACCCCAGUUGCCCCCUCCUAGAGGCGAACGCAGCUACGUCUCAAGGGUCUUCCGACCUCGCGAGGACGAUGCCAGGUCUGACCCAUAGCGAGGGUUCCCGUAGCAGCUUGGCAGACGCUCGGUCGCCAUCAACUACGAAUGAGCCCGCCCCUCCGCAAUUGCCGAUACCCGACAUGGUCGAUAAAGACCCCUUCAGUGAGCUUCCUGAUCAUGCCAACUUGGAGAGUGCCAAUCGUUCAGGGCUCGAACUGGCGGACUUUGAUCUUCGCGAGUUGACGGAUGUCACUCUACCACCCAACUGGGACUGGGACGCCGAAUUUGCGCAACUGACACAGGCGGAGACCUCGUCUGUGCCUGUUCAAUUUCCAAGCGGUUCGAACAAUGAGUUCAUCGCGCCUGAUGUGGAAGCGUGGAAUGAUGGGACAUCCUGA